AUGGCCCCACACCGCAACCCUCCCGCGCGCCCCAUCCCUCGUCUUACUUCGAUUACGCGUCCCGGCCUGGACAAGCUCCGAGUGGACGAGAUCACCACGCUUCUCUCUGACGGCGGGGUGACCGUCCCGGCGGCGACAAAGCCCAAGCUUGUCCAGUUGCUCCUCGACAACGAGGAAGUGUGCAUUCCAGCGGCUAUUCGCCCUCGUUCCGCUCCCAAGACCUCCACCGCCGACGCCUCCAUACUCACUCGUCUCACCGAUAUGGAGACACAGCUCAAGCUCGUGUACCCCAGCCUCGACGCCCUGGAGGCGGCGGCAACCCCAAACAAGCCCGACGAUCAGGUACCUCCCAAGCCCACCGUCCCCAAGUCCAAGCUCCCCCGUACCCCCGUCUUAUCCGUCCCCCUCAGGCAUUGGCGCCGAACCCCCCGAGGCAACGAGCCCGCCGGCAUCUGCAGCCGCUGCGGCCGCCGUGGCCACAUGCGCCGUCAGUGCCACGCGCGCCACAGCGUGGGCAAGAUCAAGAUCGCCAAGGCUGGAAGCAGCCAGCGUCACUACCGCCUCACGAACAUUGAGGCCAAGAUUCCCGCGACGACGGACCGCGUCGCGCAAGCGGAGGGCAAGAUCGACAAGAUCACUGGUGCGGGUCACAACCGCCGCGCCGUCUCCGAACCGCCUGAGCCAAGCCCGGCGAAGCGCGCGCCGGCCUCGAAGCUGCCCCGCCCCAUUCACAAGGUCUUCGCUCCUCGCAAGGAGAACAUUGUCGCGCCUGUCGACCCCAAGGCAAUCUGCACCAAGUGCAACAAGGUCGGUCACCUUCUGCGCACAUGCCGCGCCUAG